CCCACCAUACCAUUCCCCCUAAAACCCCCAAACCCUCCACUCUCCAGAUACCCCCAAAUCCCCUCCCUUGCCCCCCACCAAAAUGGCACUCUUCGCUCGCCUCCGCCUCCAGUUCCUCCACCUCCGCCACCACAUCAACUUCUCCACCUCCCCACUCUCCUCCAAAUCCAAAACACGCGCCGCCCUCUCACUCCUCAAAAGCGAAACCAACCCCGAAAAAAUCCUCGAAAUCUGCCGCUCCGCUUGCCUAACUCCCUACGCCCACAUCGACCGAAUCACCUUCUCAGUCGCCAUUGACAAGCUCGCCAAAUCCAACAACUUCUCUUACAUCGACGACUUCUUAACUGAUCUCCGCACUUCACGCCCUGAUCUCCGCACCGUACGCUUCGCUGCUCACUCCAUCAUCCUCUACGGCCAAGCUGGCAUGAUUGAUCAGGCGAUUCGGCUUUUCAAGGAAUAUCAUGAGAAGAAUCAAAAUGACGUCGUUUUAACCUCUGGGUCAGUGAAAUUGUUGAAUGCCUUGCUGUUUUCGUGUAUUUUAGCAAAGAAAUAUGAUGAAGUGAAUAGGGUUUUUGUUGAUUUUAGUAAGAGGUACAAAAUCGAGCCGAAUCUGGAAACUUUUAAUACUGUCAUUCAGUCAUUUUGUGAGAGUGGGAGUUCGAGUUCGUGUUAUUCGGUUUUGAAUGAGAUGGAUAUGAAGGGAGUGAAGCCGAACGAAACCACUUUCGGGCAUUUAUUUGCGGGGUUUUAUAGGGAAGAGAAGUAUGAGGAUGUAGGGACAGUGUCGAAAAUGAUAGAGGAGGAUUAUGGGAUCAGUGCUGGGAUUGGUGUUUAUAAUAUUAGGAUUCACAGUUUGUGUAAACUUAAGAGGGCGAGAGAAGCGAAUGUAUUGUUAGAAGGGUGUUUAUCGAAGGGAAUUACGCCGAAUGGGCUUACGUAUAGUCAUUUGAUUCUUGGGUUUUGUAUGGAAGGUGAUUUGGAGGAAGCAAAGAGGUUGUUUAAGAGUAUGGAGAAUAGAGGGUGUCAACCGGCUUACAGCUGUUAUGCUACUUUGGUUUACUUUUUGGGUAAAGGUGGGGAUUUCGAGUCGGCCUAUAGGGUUUGCAAGGAGAGCAUGGGGAAGAAAAUGGUGCCAAAUUUUUCGACUAUGAAGAUUUUAGUGCAAGGGCUUGCUAGUAGCGGGGAGGUAGACAAGGCGAAAGAGCUUAUUGGGGAAGUAAAGGAGAGGUUUUCCAAGAAUAUCGAGUUGUGGAAUGAGGUUGAAGCUGGGUUGCCUUAGUAGCAAAUGGGAUAUGGUAAGAUUUUAGUUUGUUUGAUAGUUCAAGGGAACGUUGUAUAGGAAUGAGAAACUUCUAUGCUGGUUUAGAGGAAAUAAUAGUUUUUCAUCUUUGGCUGUUGAAUUGAUGAAAAUGUUUCUUUGCUUUGAUGAAGGUGAGGUUUCAAUUUUUUAGAAUCAUUUUUCUCUGUACUCUCCCUUUAUAUGCUAUGUAAGCUGUCUGAAAGACGACAAAUUCAUCUGAUUCCUGGCAUUGAAUUGAUUUAACUCUGUAGCUACUAUAUACGGGCCACAGGUGAGGUUGUUGCAUUCAAGGGCAUAACAAGAUCAGGCCUUAGACACUUUCUUUAUUUUUUCAUAACAUAUAUUCACAAUGUCCAAGAGUGCCCUAGAUUUUUUUUUCCUUCUAUAUUUAUAGAGAUUUAUAGAAAGGAACAUCCAAGCUUUUGUUUUGCAGAAUGUCUAUUCGUUUAUCACUAUAGCUCACAACAUUAGCACAUCUGCCAUUAAGUUUAGAUGACUGCUUUAACUUAUUAUCACAGCUUUUACUUUCUUUUUAGAAUUUCUUUAUUUAUCUAGUUCUUUGCAACCGAAGGUGAUAAUCUUACACUUUCUAUUUUGACUCAUUGAUGUGUUUACCUCACCUUGCUGCUUUCACUGCUGAUUGUUCCUACUUACUGUGAUAUUCAGCUUCAAAAAGCAAUAGAGUGAAAGUCUGAUUGCCUCAGAAAAGCAUACAUGUCAUAAGCAAUUUGAUACAUCAUCUACACCAAACAAGUUAAUCAUGAUGUUGAACUGAGGUGAUGUUUUAAGGGAAAAGAUGAGUUGAAUCAGAACCUGCAGGAGCAUUGCCCUAAGAUGAGCUGAAUAUCCAAUAAUUGAAUCUGACUUAGUGUCUUAUGCUGUUGUUUAUGAAAGUGAACUGCAUGAUGCAGACAUUCUUUAUAUUUGUCUACUGUCAAAUAAAUACAAAAGUUAUUCUAUAAACCUUCAAUCCAGGAAACAGGAAAAUAACCUAAAUUAAUGCACCAGUAGGAACGCAUUUGCAGUAGGAAUGUGAUAGUAACAUAUGUUAUCAUCUUGGUCUGACUAAUAAAGACUCUUGUGGUUACUAAUAUAUGGCCGGCACGGCAUUACUUCUUGACAUUCAGGCGGCAGAAAAGUUCUCAAAUGAUGUCACAGCAUCAAUUCUAACUUUACAAUUCAAGGGACAUAGCUAUAGUCUAUAGAUGCUGGAGUAUGCAUUUCGAUGACUUAGUCAGGAAUCUUUGGUUCAAUUUCUAUCUCUAGUCCAUCCUUGAAUGUUGGCAUUGGAUCUCUAGAAAAAGAAAUGUUUUGGCAACAGAGCUUCCAUGUGAACCUGUUCACCAGGCUGACCAAGCUACCUGGAAUAAAUAGUUCAAGCCUAAAGCAUGUUAGCAUGUAGCAUGGUAUUGAGCUAUAACAAAUAGGGAAACAAGCAUGGGAUUGUGUUACACCUGCCAUCCUUUGGGAAUAAGUGCCAUAUUUUUCAACCAUUUAUGGUUUUAUGCAAUGGUAAUCGAUCUUUAUUCAGUUGGUAGUUGUUCCUUUCAACAACUGAUUGAAGCAUGUGAAUGGCAAAUUGAUUGGCACCGAUAGAACACCCUUCAGCAGUUGUUGAAAUAGCUCUACAAGCUGGAGAAAUGAUACAAGGACCCCUCACGCUUGUGCUCAUGUCCAUUCAAUUCCAGGAUAUUCCUCUCACCGCAAAUCUUUCUUACCGAUAAUGGAUGUUGAUUGACAAGUGUGCUACCAUCACAAGUAUGGAUGAACUUAUUUGCAGCCAGUCCAUGAAGGAACAUUGUUGGGGUCCCAAAGAAGUUCAUUUUUUAAAUGGGGCCGUAUUUUCUUAUUCUAUCCUGAAGCCAUUUAUCUGCAGUGUUUCAUGCGCAUGGCACGUAGGAAGUUCAGGCUUUGGCCUAUGAUGGGUAACCCCAAAGAAACUGGUGGAAGCCUUUUUGAACUUUUCCUUAUCAGGAGAAGGUAAAGUGGAAGAAGAAAAAGAAGCAAGGAGAAAAAGAUUCCAGGAUCCAUAUCUCCUGUAAUUAUUGGUUUAAACCACACAAAAUACCUAGAGAGGAACUCUUCUACUUACGAAACACUGACUUAACAAUCCCACUUAUAAGAAACUCUGAUUUUGUCUCCUCUUGUUAUCCUGGCAGAUCUACACGUAUUCAAGCAUUUUGGUCUUGAUGCUGAUGCA